AGGGGGCGGCCUUGAGCCGGGGCCGCAGGCCGGGGGCGCGGGGAAGUCGGCGGCGCAGCGGCUGGGUGCUGGAGAGCUCCGGACGCGGCAGGGCGAUCUGUCUGCCGGCGGGCACUCGCUACCCUCUGUCUCAGAAAGGGAGGACGGAGUGGCUAGGGCUUUAUGGGCUCCACGGAGGAGGAGGACGCGGAGCGCGUGGGGGGAGCAGACACCUCGCUGCCAGGUGAGAAUCAUGAAGAUGAUGACCUAGUAAACUCUGAUGAGGUUAUGAAGAAACCAUGUCCAGUACAGAUUGUUCUUGCUCAUGAAGAUGACCAUAACUUUGAGCUCGAUGAAGAAGCUUUGGAGCAGAUAUUGCUACAGGAACACAUACGAGAUCUUAACAUAGUAGUGGUAUCCGUGGCAGGAGCUUUUCGUAAAGGGAAAUCAUUUCUACUGGACUUCAUGCUUAGAUAUAUGUAUAACAAGGAUUCUCAAAGUUGGAUUGGUGGAAACAAUGAACCGUUGACUGGCUUUACAUGGCGAGGUGGUUGUGAAAGAGAAACAACAGGCAUACAAGUCUGGAAUGAAGUAUUUGUGAUUGACAGACCUAAUGGAACAAAAGUGGCUGUGCUGCUAAUGGAUACCCAGGGUGCCUUUGAUAGCCAGUCAACUAUCAAAGACUGCGCAACGGUAUUCGCUCUGAGCACCAUGACAAGCUCGGUCCAGGUAUAUAAUUUGUCUCAGAAUAUUCAAGAAGAUGAUCUUCAACACUUGCAAUUAUUUACAGAGUACGGCAGACUUGCGAUGGAAGAAAUCUACCAGAAACCAUUUCAGACAUUAAUGUUUUUGAUUCGAGAUUGGAGUUAUCCUUAUGAACAUUCAUAUGGUUUGGAAGGUGGAAAACAAUUCCUUGAAAAGAGAUUGCAGGUAAAACAAAAUCAACAUGAAGAGCUACAGAAUGUAAGGAAGCACAUUCACAAUUGUUUCUCAAAUCUUGGUUGCUUCCUUUUGCCACAUCCUGGUCUUAAAGUUGCAACUAAUCCUAGUUUUGAUGGGAGAUUGAAAGAUAUUGAUGAAGACUUUAAGCGAGAGCUUCGAAAUCUGGUUCCAUUGCUGCUUGCCCCUGAGAAUUUGGUAGAAAAAGAGAUAAGUGGAUCUAAAGUCACUUGUAGAGAUCUUGUAGAAUACUUUAAGGCUUACAUUAAGAUUUAUCAAGGAGAGGAACUUCCACAUCCAAAGUCCAUGCUUCAGGCAACAGCUGAAGCUAAUAAUCUUGCUGCGGUAGCAGGAGCAAGAGAGAUCUAUUGCAAAAGUAUGGAGCAGGUAUGUGGUGGGGACAAGCCUUACAUUGCACCUUCAGAUCUGGAGCGAAAACACCUGGAUCUCAAGGAAGUGGCGAUCAAACAGUUUCGUUCAGUAAAAAAAAUGGGCGGAGAUGAAUUCUGCCAUCGUUAUCAGGACCAGCUUGAAGCUGAAAUUGAAGAAACCUAUGCAAACUUGAUAAAGCACAAUGAUGGCAAAAACAUCUUCUAUGCUGCUCGUACCCCGGCCACACUGUUUGCAGUCAUGUUUGCUAUGUACAUAAUCUCAGGACUGACCGGCUUCAUUGGCCUAAACUCUAUAGCCGUCUUGUGUAACCUUGUCAUGGGGUUAGCGCUGACAUCUCUUUGUACUUGGGCAUAUGUAAAAUACUCUGGGGAGUUCAGAGAAAUUGGAACAAUGAUUGAUCAGAUUGCUGAAACACUAUGGGAACAGAGGAGUCCCAGGAAGGUGUUUUCCAAACUGUUUGAAGUUACUAGACGUCGAAUGGUCCGUCGUGCUCUUUCAUCAGCACAGCGACAGAGACUGUCAUCCAACAAUAACAAGAAGAAAAAUUAGACAGUAUUUUUAACUUUUUUCUCUAUCUGAAGUUGUUCACCCUUAAACAUGUAGGACAAUAAGCAGGACCGUCUGGGCCGGUCUGCAUAAAUGCUGUAUACUUACCAGAUUUGAUGCUGCAUAGAGGGUAUGGAAUCGCACGUCCAUCUCAUAGGAAUUGUAAAUGGUUUGAGUAGGAGGAAAGUAAUUUUUGUUGCAUUAUAAGAUGUCUAACUGCAUUAUUUGUAGCAUCAUAGCUUUUUUGGGGAGAAGCAUCUUUUUUAUUUCCCACAUUCCUGGUUAUUUUCUUCAUUGCUUUGAAUUGAAUUUUUAUAUCUAUUUUUCUAUGUACCUCUUUUUUUACCUCAUGUUUUUAUUUGUUUUGCACAUCUCUCAUACCACAGGUAUUGAAGCCCCUGGGUGAUAAUUUGAUGGAGGAAAACAUAAGGCAGUCUGUCACAAACUCUAUCAAAGCAGGCCUGACUGACCAGGUGUCUCAUCAUGCCAGAUUAAAGACAGACUGACAGUUCAUCUCCUCAUGGACUCCACUCUCCCUUUUUUUCAUGCUUGCUGUACAAUGAGAACUCAAAUAAAAAUAAACCAAAGUUUACAAUCAACUGUAGAAGUAGUUUAGUAUAACUGGCUUCACAGAUGGCUGCCACAGAGUGUGAAAAUUGUUUGUUGGUUUUAAGCAUUCUGUUCUUGGCUCCUAAGACAUGGAGAUUGGCUGAGGAGCAUUAGUUUAUCAUGCACAUUUGUGCCAUGUUUCUUUCUUUCUUUCUUCCUUUCUUUUUUUUUUUUUUCCUUUUUACUUAAUCUAAUGUUAAUGAAAUUUGUCUUAUGUAAAAGGAUAUUUCAGGGAAAUAUUUUAAGAAAUCUAUUUAGAGUCUCUUUAACACCAGUGUCCCAUUGAAAUUUUAAUUUCUAGUGAAGUUAUGAAUCACUGUAUCACGAAUCAGAUCGGGAUGACAAUGAAGCCUUUAUUGAGCCACUACAUUAAAAGUAUAUAUUGCUUUACUGCCUUCAAUACCAGUAUUACAUAAAUGCAUGUGUCAGAAGUCUCACAGAAAUUACAUGACAACUCUUGUAGCUAAGAAAGUGAUUCUGAGGUGUACAUUUGUCUUGCCUUUUUAAAUUUAUAAACCUGCCCUAAAAGGAGAUGCAUAUCUGGGAAACUGAACUGUCUUUAUUCAGUUUAGCCUUCGUGUACAUAAAAUAUGCCAUUAAUUUUAUUGGGGGAGAAAUUCCAUCCAAAAAUGUUGCCUACAGCUAUGAGUUCAGAGUGUCUGUACAGUGUGUAGCUUUUAUUUUCUAAAACCACAGAUAGGGCAUGUAUAUGAAUUAUAAAUAUAUAAAUACGAUUUUGUAUUAAAAGUUUUGUAGUUUAUGGCAAAAUCUGGUUCUGUGGUAGGCUAAGUGCAGUCCCUGUGAAGGAAUGUUUGUGGCUCAUGUCAGUGUGUGAAUGCAUAGACAAUUUGAAGUUUUUGAUAUAUUUGUGAUAUUUAUCUUCCUUGAGCACUGCAGUCUCCCCCCCCAACCCCCCCAAGGGAAUUCAGUGGGAAUGUUUAUCGUGACUUUGUCCUCUGUUGCAUUUUAAAGUUAUUUCCUGUAAUUUAUUUUCAGUACAUAAUUAAAAAUUUGUUGUAUAUAUAAAA